AUGACAUCCGUGUUACGAGAAGCAGUUUCCAAAGAGAAACGACGUUAUCAACAGUUUGGGUUUGACCUUGACUUGAGUUAUAUUACUCCACGAAUUAUAGCUAUGGGCUUUCCUUCAGAAAGGUUUGAGGCUGCUUAUAGAAACCCAUUGGUUGACGUACUUCAGUUCUUUGAAACAUUCCACAAGGGACACUAUAAAGUCUACAACUUUUGUAGAGAAAAGCCGUAUGAUGGAGAGUCUAAAAUUAAAGGAGAGUACGAAUACUUCCCUUUUGAUGAUCAUAACGCUCCCGAGUUUAGAAUCAUUCCACAACUCUGUAAAGAUGUUGAUGAGUAUCUGAAGGCCGAUCCUAAAAAUGUCAUUGCCCUUCACUGCAAAGCUGGUAAAGGCCGGACUGGAUUAAUGUCUGCCGCCUUUCUUGUGUAUAUGCUUGACGCUUUGAAUGCACACGAAGCUAUUGAUUUCUAUGGCACUGCCAGAACUUUCAAUAAGAAGGGUGUUACUAUUCCAUCACAACUGAAGUAUAUAAACUACUGGAGCGCUUCACUUAAACACAAAUUCACUGUUGGAGACAGAACUGUCAAGAUGACCAAGAUCGAGAUGGUCCCAACUCCAAAAAUCUCUGAUGAAAUCAUUGUGAAGGUGUCUACAUUCACUGAAUUUGUUUGUGAAAAGUCUCUGACUAAUGGUAGGAAACUAUCUUUCAAACCACUGAAGGAUAACAAAGUCAAGAUGAAAGAAGAUGAGGCGAUGAAACUGUAUGACCAAGUCUAUGCUGAACUUAAAGCAGAGAAUCAAAACGUGACAACACGAGAAGUCAUGUGUGCCUGGGAUUGGAAAAUGAGGUCUCUUAUUGGCGAUGAAAGAUUUGGAAGCGAUGGAAGCACUUUCCCAAUUGAUCCAGUCACUUUACAUGGGGACAUCAAGCUUGAGUUUACAACAUCGAAGGGUGGAAUAUUCAAUAUAUGGUUUAACACUUGGUUCAUCCACGACAACCAUCUUGAAUUCUCAAAGAUGGAGUUAGACAAGGGAUUCAAAGACGCCAAACAACUUGCACCAAAUUUCAAAGUCAUUUUGCACUUCGAAGACGUUUCUACUGCACCAGCUUUGGAACAAGAGUUGCCGUAUUGCCAAGUUGGCGUAAGAACUGAUAUACCAAUUGACUUGACUGAUGAGACACAAAUCCCUCAAACUCCACAAACAAUCCCAACAGACCCGACUGCAGAUGCUCCAAAGGCACUUCUUGAAGAAACGGAAAGUAAGGAAAAUGCGGCAAGAAAGGUUGCUCCUGUGUGGUAUCCCAUAUACCACACUUCACUUAACUUUAAGAACUUCAAUCGAAUUGUCGAGUAUAAAAUACAAUACCCAACACAACGUGAAUUUUUUAAUAUCAACCCAGAGAUGAGUGUGGUGAAAGAAACCCCAAGAGAGCCUUUAGAAGUAGCAAGAAGUGUGUUAUACUCCAUCAUCCAAUUAUACUUGCGUUCUGGAUUUUAUGGGAGGGUGUUGGAUUACCAUAUCGAGUUGAUCAUGUUGGACAACUUGGAAAGUGUUAAGGUGUUUGAACAACAAGCUUCUGAACUCUCUGUCAUUGAUUUGGAAAAAUUGAAGCCUGCAGAAGUUGAACCAUUUUGGUUAAAUAUUUACCACACAAUGUUACUCCAUGGGUUAUUGUAUUGGAAACAUAGACCGUGCAUAGAAUUCAAAGACAUGAUGAGCAAUUUUAAGAAGUUUGCAUAUAAGAUUGGAGGGUUCUCAUACAGUUUACAUGAAAUUUUAAUGGGGUGUUUGAGAGCGCCAUGGCCUAAAGACUCAUCCAUUGACAAAGUGAUUACUUUCAGUAAUGAGAAGUCGAAGUACGUAUUGAAAGAAACGGACAAGAACCUUGGGUGUUUACUUUCGUUUGGGACAACUACAUCCCCAGGAAUUUGGUUGUAUUCUGUUGAAGAUUUUGCACAACAAAAGGAGAUAGCAAUAAACACCUAUUUGAACAGACAAGGCGCUGCACUUGGAGCAAAGAAACAGUUUUAUUUGAUGAGCAACAUGAAAAUGUUUGCCAAAGAUUAUGGAGGAGAAAGUGCGAUGAAGAAGGAACUUUUGCAACGACAUGGAUUAACUGAAAAGGACGCGAAAAAGUGGGAAUUGAAAUACCAAAGCGAAGACACUGAAAACAGAGUAAUUCUCGACCAUUUGAUUGCUCAAAACAUUGUAGUCACACAUAAUCCGGUGAAUUUCUUUGCUCAAAGAAACCUUUUUGUCUACGAAAAACCAACGGUGAAAGACCCUAAAGCGUAG